AUGAAUAUCACGAUUACAAAAAGUGUUAGUAAUGGAAUAUUAAUAGCACCAUAUCAAUUGAACAUUUGGUUAGGUUGUUUUAUUUUAAUUACAGGAAAUAUAAGUACAAUUGGUAAUAUUAUUAUAUUUUCUUCUCGAUUAUUUCGUAAUCGUGCAUGUACUAUUUAUUUAUUGACAGAAGCAUUUGUUCUUAUUUUCUUUUUUAAUUUUGUACUUUUAACACGUACACUUCAAAAAGGUUUUCAAAUACCACUUCUAAAUCGAUAUGAUGUCAUUUGUAGACUUCGUUAUUUUGCUUCACAAUAUACUAAUUUACUUGCAAUCAAUUUAUUUAUAUUUGCAUCACUCGAUCGACUUUUAUCAACACAUCGUUCACCGGCAUUUAGAAAAUGGAGUGGUCAAAUUAAUCUUGCUUAUAAACUCGUGUUGGUCUGUAUGAUCAUUUGGCUUUUAAUUUCUUGUCAUCGACUUAUAUUUUAUAGUGCAUUAACAGGACAAUGUAUAGCUCAACAAGGAUUCUAUGCUAUUUUUGAUAAUUAUUUUGAAGCUAUUGUAUCAGGAUUCUGUCCACCUAUAAUAAUAUUAAUAUUGUCAUAUUUACUUAUGCAAAGUGUUCGAAGUACUAUUCAAAGACAAACUGUACUUGUUAAUACUGUUCAUAAUAGAUCUGCACCAAAUUUAACAUUUCUACGAAAAACAGAUAAACAACUUACUCGUAUGUUAUUAUGGCAAACAUUUGUUGCUAUACCCGCAUUUCUUCCUUACGCAGGCGAAUUGAUCUAUACAAAUAUUACUCAAUAUUGGUCGAAAUCUGAUCAAUGGAUAGCUUGGGAAGAUACAUGUACCGAAAUAAUUCGUUUGUUAUCUUAUACAUUUUUUAGUACACGUUUUUAUGUUACACUUAUGUCUAGUGAUGGUAUUCGAGAAAAAAUCUUGAAUAUAUUUGGAAUGAAAAAUAGAAUUAAUCCAAUCAACGAGCCAUAA